GAUGAGGCUGGCCGGAAGUGAGCGCAACGCCGCAGCCCCGAGAUGAAGCCGGCCGUGGAUGAGAUGUUCCCCGAGGGCGCGGGGCCCUACGUGGACCUGGAUGAGGCUGGAGGGAGCACGGGCCUCCUGAUGGACUUGGCAGCCAAUGAAAAGGCAGUUCAUGCGGACUUUUUUAAUGAUUUUGAAGAUCUCUUUGAUGAUGAUGAUGUCCAGUGAAGCUGUCCAGUCGUAUAUGCUCCACGUUUGUGACGUGUCUCGAAUUUCUCAGAACAGGGUCAGAUGAUCAUAGAGACCUUGCAAAGAUCACUAGAAAUCAGGACCUGGUCAGCCAAAGGAGGGGCCUGUCUGAACCAGCUGGGCGCUGCUGUCUCUGAGAAUGCUACCCCUUGUUCUUAUUUGAAUUAAAAACCAGUACCAUACCA